UCGAAUUUACAAUGGUGAAGAAAAUUACAAGUGUAGGUGCUAUCCUCCUCUUGGCUCUCAUGGCCUUGGACGAAGCCUUAGCCACCACCAUGACAACCACCGUAACCACCACCACAAUCGACGAAGAGGAGAAUCAACAAUGCCAGAGAGAGAUUCAGACACGCAGCUUCCCAAAUUGCGAGACGUACCUGAAGCUCGAAUUUGAUAGAGCUGAUGCCACAAUAAUGUUGCCCUAUUCCAAAAAACAUUAUAAAAGACGUUGCUGUAGAAAUGAGCUGAGUGGCAUCGAUAAGCAGUGUGUGUGCUUUGCUGUGAGGACUAUGAUGAAGAACAUGAUGGACAGUGGUCGCCUCAGCGCUGAGGAUAUGGAGGCUAUGCUCGAGCUGGCUGGAGAUCUUCCUACCGUGUGCAACUUACGAAAAUACCCAUGCUGAAUAUUCAGGCCAUUACUCGGUGGUUCAUCAAUGUAGAAAUAUGCACACCAUCAUGUACCGUGUAUAUUGCCUUGGAAUAAAAUCUCAGUCUGUCUUUUUCUAA